AUAUUUCCCUCUCUCUUCCUUCUUCCGCGCGGGGUGGGCACCGAUUCAAAGAGCUUUUUAAAUAAGUAGAUCCCCUCCACCCACCGCACUCGCCCUCUUUUUGUGCGUGUCUUUUUCUGCCCACACUCGUUCGCGCCCGCCCCCUGCUUUCCGGCCGACCCCACGCUCUCUGACUUGCUUUCUCUCCUUUAUUCCUCCUACCCUCCUCUCUCGCUCGCCAUGGACGACUCCCAGACAGCGUUUGCGGCCCAGUACCAACCCUACGCUGGUUUCGAUAUCGACAUGAUGAAGAGGUCUAUGGACGCUGUCGGCGGCCCCGACGCGAAAAAGGCCCGCUGGUCGCCCACUUCGUUCGGCCCCAACAACGGCGCGAACGGGCUCGCGGCUGCCAGCGCAUCCGGCAACCGCGACGCGUUCGCCAACUACGGCUACGGCCCGCAGGCCAACCUCGCCCAGAACGGCUUUAACAACUCCCCGCCGUCGUCUGGCUUCGGUGGCAACCCCCUCUACUCGACCCCGUCGCUGAGCGUCAACACCGCCGUGGCUGGCAACGGGAUGCCCUCGCAGAUGAGCCCCAACACCGCUGGCCCCUACACUCCUCAGCAGCAGCAACCUCAGUCUGCGAACCCGAACAGCGCCAACCCCUACAACCCCUUUAACGGAUACAACAUGCUCGGGAUGGGUCUGCCGCAGAUGGGGGUACUGGGAGGAUUUGCGUACAAUGGGCAGAUGGCAAACUUCGCACAGCAGCUCAACCAGCAGCGUCUACCCUCGCUCACCAUCCCCUCCCCGCAAGCGUCGCCCUACUCCCCGGCAGCCAUCACUGCGGCCUUGUCCGCUCAGAGCAACACGACCGCACGCACCGUUUACGUUGGCAACCUCCCUGCAACGGCUUCUGUCGAUGAACUCCUUAACCUCGUUCACUUCGGGCCGCUGGAGUCUAUUCGCGUGCUUCCCGAGAAGUCUUGUGUGUUCUUGUCGUUCCUUGACGGGUCAACUGCGGCAGCCUUCCACGCGGAUGCGCUGAUCAAGAAGCUCUCGCUCCACGGGCAGGAGCUCAAGAUUGGCUGGGGCAAGCCUUCUCCGGUGCCGAGCCAGGUGGCACUCGCCAUCCAGCAGAGCAACGCGAGCCGGAACGUGUACUUGGGUGGUCUUGACGAGGCUAUGACGGAGGAGCAGCUUCGCGACGAUCUCAGCCGCUUCGGGCUGAUCGACCAGGUGAAGAUCGUGCGCGACAAGAACAUCGGCUUCGUGCACUUCUUGAGCAUCUCGACCGCGACCAAGGUGGUGAACACGCUCCCCACGGAGCCCGCAUGGGCUGGCAAGCGCGUCAACUACGGCAAGGACCGCUGCGCAUACAUCCCCAAGUCGCAGCAAGCGGCCGCGCAGGCUGCUCAGGCCGCGGCUGCCCAGUCGUUGGUGGCGCAAUCCGCGGUGCUCUCGCCCAUCGGCGGCGGCAACCCGUUCGCGUCGCCCCUCUCGCCAUACAUGCCGUUCUCGCCCGACGCGCUGCAGAGCCUCGCUAGCGGCCAGAGCUUGAACCGCACGGUGUACCUCGGGAACAUCCACCCCGAGACGACAACAGAGGACUUGUGCAACGCAAUCCGCGGUGGCGUGCUCCAGAGCCUCCGCUACAUGCAGGACAAGCACAUCGCUUUCGUGACGUUUGUCGACCCCGCCGCGGCGCUCACCUUCUUCCAGGUAGCGUCGUAUCAGGGCUUGACGCUCAACAACCGCCGGUUGAAGAUCGGCUGGGGCAAGAACUCUGGGCCGCUGCCCCCCGCACUUGCGCUCGCUGUGCACUCGGGCGCGACGCGCAACGUCUAUGUUGGCAACAUCGAGGACUUCGACACGUUCACGGAGGAGAAGCUGAGGAGGGACUUUGGCGAGUUUGGAGAGAUUGAGCUCGUCAACUUCUUGAAGGAGAAGAACUGCUCGUUCAUCAACUUCACGAACAUCUCGAAUGCGAUCAAGGCGAUCGACGGAGUCAAGAACAAGCCGGACUACGCGAACUUGCGUAUCGCGCACGGCAAGGACCGGUGCGCGAACCCCCCGCGUUCGGGUCCGCAGGGUGGAUCUGGAGGAAGGAGGUCUGGAAGUGGGAACAACGCGAACUCGCAGCCACCUAGCGCUGUCGAGCCCACAGAGGACGUGAACAUGCUGAAGAACGUGGUCGAGAACGGUACGAUCAAGGAGGAGACGAGCGAGGUGGCCGACAUCCCGUCCGGAGAGGUCGAGGCGUCGGCGUGAAGACGAGACGAUGACAUACGACAACACAACACACCAUACCCCUGCGUUGCUGCCCGCGCUGCGAAAACUCAUUGUAUGAUGAAGUGGCCGCUUGGAUACCCGCCCCCUGUCUGUGUAUAUCGUGCUCGCUUCCCCGAACGUUCUCUCUGAAACUGCUCCUGCGACUGUACCACUGAACUCGAUGACUCGGCGCCCCGGCCCGCUGUCGUCAUGGCUUUCCAGCAAAACCGUCUUCUCGUGGAUGGACAACAACGCCGGUCAACAACAUCCGCAAGCCCGCUCGCCUCCGUGCCGAGCGUGGGCGAGUGCCACGAUAGCACGCGACGGGGACUCCGACUGCCACACGCGCGCGGACCUUGGGCUAUUGGUUGCUCGUUCUUUAUCAACUUGACUUUCGCCGUUCGCCUCCUUUAUUCCCCGCCCCCUCCCCUCAAUCACCCGAUUCCUUUCUCUUUUCACUCUCGCUGAUCUCGCCCCCCACCCCCGUUUACCUUUCUCUUCUCUGCUUCUUCUCUUUCUCGAAUGUUAAUGCGGGGCGCUCGGGGUUCUUGCGACCCGGCGCCCUCGCUGCCGCUCUUUGCCUUGGUACCAUAUAUGCAUGCCCUUGUCCCCUGGUCCCGUCUGACUGUGAACGUCUGAUCGUCUCUGUUCCCUGAUACCGGUACUAUACUCCCCUGGCCGUAUUGCCAUCGAUGCGGGUGCUAUAACGAUGCAGUAAUCUUGCGUGUAUCUCACUCAUACUCUCUACACCCGAAGUAGCAAUGGAGUUUCCUU